AUGAAAUUCACUACUAAUUCUAUAAAAUCUUGCGCUGCCCGUAUUGGUUUAUUAACAGAAUUUGAAAGAAUUCCUAAUAGCACUUUUGAAACUCCUCUUGUUCUUGUUUAUACAAAGGGAGGCUGUGUACCACAUUUAACUAAAGAUGUUUUUAAAAUGGUUACUUUGAGUCCACAAAUGUUAUCUGUUUCACUUUCUUCUACAUAUUUAAUGCAUGAAACAAUGAAGGACUGUAAUAUUAAUUUUGCAAAUUUUGUGGGUAUGAAGGAAUAUAUUAAUUUUCUUACAAUACAUGACCCAGCCUCUACUACACCUUCAGGUUUUCGAGAAUCUAAAAUCAUUCCGUUAUGGACAAGAUGUGGAAAAUAUACAAUAACAGUUGAUAAAUAUAUGGAAGUUAUUGAAACAUUUAAACCAGACAUGUAUGUUGCUUUGUGUGACGGAGAUACUAAUAUUGACAGUAGUAAAAAAAGAUUAUCAAAAUCUGUAGAAAAUAGUAUGACAUUCUUUGAACAAUGUUUUAUUAAACAUUCCUCGUCUGAAACAUUGAAGUCUUCUGAAAUAUUAGGUGCAAUUGAAGGUGGUUAUGAUAAAGAUGCUAGAACAAUGUCGAUAAAUUAUUUGAAAACUAAACCGUUGAUAGGAUAUGUGAUUGAUGGAUUGCAUAAUAAUGGGCCACAUGUAAAGGAUAUACCAUCAAAACAAAUUAAAGAAAUAGUAGAACAUACAAUUAAUCUUUUACCUACUGAAAAACUUAAAGUAUCAAUGGGAUGUUGGAAUCCUCUUACAGUAUUAGAUCUCGUUGAAUUAGGUGUAGAUAUAUUUGAUACAUCGUAUCCUUACAUAAUUACUGAAAAUUUAAAAGCUUUAACUUUUUUAUGUGAUCGUGAUGAUUGUAAAAAUGUAGGACAUGUAAUAUCAUUUACAGAAGGAAGAUAUGCGGAUGACUUUUCUCCAAUAUGUUCUCAUUGUGAGUGUCUUACAUGUAAAAAUCAUACCAAAGCAUAUAUACAUCAUCUAUGUAAUGUAAAAGAAUUGCUUGGCAAAGUUCUUUUAAUGAUACACAAUGUAUAUCAAUAUCUUGAAUUUUUUAAAAUUAUUCGAGAGAAUAUAAAACGUGAUACUCUUGAUGAUUAUAAAAAGAAAAUUAAUUUAAAAUUUAAGCAAAAUAUCGUUCAGGCAGAAGAAAUUACAUAUACGAAAGACAUUGAGUCUACAAAUUUUAUAUUGGGGUGGUUUUAUAGGAAGCAGUCUAUGUAGUGUAUCAUGUAAUGGUUUUUCAACCUCUAAUUGUGCUACAGCACAAUCAGCACAUAAAUCAAUUCCAUCUUGGCAUUCUGUGCAAUGCCAUCUUGUACCUAUUAAAGGAUCUUCUCCACAAAUUGAACACUAUAAAUAUAAAUUAUUAAACUCUGAGCUCUUUUUAUAUUCUAAGAUCGCUAUACAUACCUUAUAUCCAAUAUGUUUAUUGGGAGACAAAUUUUGUUCUUUCUCAAUUUUUACUUGUUUUAGUAAUUCUAUCUGUCUCAGUUCAGGAUUAUCAUCAAUAAUACUAUUUCCAGCAUCAUCUUCCUAUAAGUAUAAAUAAUAAAGUAAAUAAAAUAAAUUAGAUUUGUAUCAAACUAUAAAAUUAUAACACACAGAUUCUUCUGUAAUUGUCUGUUCUUUGCUUUCAUCAGGUAUUGUGAAGGACAUAUUUUGAUGAGGAAAAAAUGUAGAUCGUCUCAAUAAUGAAGAAUUAUUGCGUUGAUGUCUAUGACCAUUUCCUUUUUUAAUAUCUAAUUUCAUUUUGGGACCUCGACCAGGUAUAGGUAAUCCAGCUCUUAAGAGUUUAAUAAAAUAUUUUUGGACUCUGCUGGAUACUUGUUUUGGAGUCCUAUUACCUAUUUAAAAAACUAAGUUUAAUAUAUGCAAAUGACAAAAGUAAUAUUGUUAAUAAUAUACCUAAAGCAUUAGCUAUUUUAGUCCAUCUUCUCAUUUCAACAUCUUCUGGUGGAUACUCAAUUAAAAGUUCCUCUAGUCUUCUUUGUUCUUCUACUGUCCAUAACUGAUUGAAAGUCUCUGGCUUACUUUCAUCAAAAGCACGUCCUCUUACUAAAAUCUAAUUAUAUUCUAGUUAAUAUAUGUACAUAUAUAUGAAAUAUACAAUAUAACAUACUUUUCCAUCCUCCUCCUGAUCUGAUUUCAUUUGUAUGUGUGACAAAAUGUGUCCAUGUCUUGUUUGUGGCCUCAUUCUUAUAUCAGGUGGAGCUAUGUUAUAUUGUGUCCAGUCGAUGUAAGGGAUUUCAGCAAUUUUUUGUGGCCCUGGUAAUUCUGGUAGCUCACCAUUUUGUAUUUGAGCUACGAAAGAUAUCGGAUCCUUUAGCGCUUUAGAACGAAUUGAUAAAAGUUUGUCUAGAUCUUCUAUAGCUUGAGCACGUUGUGCUUCAAGAAUGACGAUUGUUUUUAAGGCAGUAUUAUAAUCUUUAUUUCCUUUUAAUGCUAAAUGAUCAGAUUCAAAAUAAAAUUCACUAGGCUCUUCGUGACAUCUUUUUUCCUCAUCUUCCAUUGCUAAUUAACGUUUAGCUGCUAGACAGGUUAUGUGUACAUUCACUAUGACGUAUUAACCUUAAUUAUCUAUCAACUUAAAGAGGCACUUGAAACAGAAUGUCAAAUAUAAUGUACAUUUAUUUAUUCUAGUUAUCUAA